UUUUUUUAUCUUAUUUUCAGGUGAAUAUGGCACUGGCAGGGAGGCCUGUAGAUGUGACCCUCGGCAGCUCCAGACCUGAGCAGUGGAAUAUGGUUUUUCCCCAGAAAGAUGAAAUCAUCACCAGCUUAGUGUCUGCCUUAGACUCCAUGUGCUCCGCGCUGUCCAAGCUGAACGCCGAGGUGGCCUGCAUUGCUGUGCAUGAUGAGAACACCUUUGUGCUGGGCACUGAGAAGGGCAGAGUCUUCCUCAGUGCCAGGAAGGAGCUGCAGGCUGAUUUCCAGAAGUUCUGCCGAGUCCAGCAGCGGAGGGAGCAGGACGCAGAGGCACAGAAGAAGGCAAAGGAGUGCGGGCGAAGCAUGCUCAGGGUCUCCCCGGACCAGGGAUCAGACGUGUACCUCCUCAGGAAGAUGGUAGAGGAAGUGUUUGAUGUGCUUUAUAGUGAAGCAGUUGGGAAGAGCAGCGUGGUCCCUUUGCCCUACGAACGCUUCCUGAAGGAGCCGGGACUGCUGGCGGUGGCCGGCUUGCCCGAGGGGAUCAGCUUCAAAAAACCCAUGGAGUACGACGUGAAGUCCCUGAUGGCCAUUUUAGAGCACAGCCACAGCAUCCGCUUCAGGCUAAAAAGGCCGGCGGAUGAGCCCAGCAGAGAGCCGAACCCUAGCGUAGAGUUGACUUGUACCUCCCUCGUGCCCAAGGGCAGCCGAGACCCCGGUGCCAACAGCCACAUGGCCAAACCCUCUGGCCAGGACGCUCCCCCCGCCGUAGCCGUGACCAAUUUUUUAUAUGGUGUCUCGCUGCCUACGCAGAUCGCCAUGGACCUAAAGCAGGAGGUGUCCUCCGGUCUGCACGGGGCGACCGUGGCCAGUGAGGUGCUGCUGCCCAGGCCCUCGGGAGAGCUGAAGGUGCCUUCCUCACAGGAGUACAGCGACUGCUGUGGACAGAAAUCAGCUGUCUCUGGGGGUCCUCUCAUCCAGAACGUGCACUCAUCCAAGCGCAUCCUCUUCUCCAUUGUCCAUGACAAGACAGAUAAGUGGGACAGUUUUAUAAAAGAAACUGAAGAUAUCAACACCCUUAGGGAGUGCGUGCAAAUUCUGUUUAACAGCAGAUAUGCUGAAGCCCUGGGGUUAGACCACAUGGUCCCUGUCCCAUACCGGAAGAUCGCGUGCGACCCCGAGGCAGUGGAAAUCAUUGGCAUCCCUGACAAAAUACCCUUCAAAAGACCUUGCACCUACGGCGUCCCCAAACUCAAGCGGAUACUGGAGGAGAGGCACAACAUCCAUUUUGUCAUCAAAAGGAUGUUUGAUGAGAGAAUUUUCACAGGAAGUAAAUUUACCAAAGAUCCAACCAAGCUGGAGCCCUCCAGUCCCCCCGGGGAGAUUUCCCCCGAGCCGCACCGCGGGGCCGUGCUGGACCUGGCGGGGACGUCACAGGCUGCCAGCAGGUCAGAGAAAUGUGGCGUUCCUGAAAGCUGUGAACCAGGUACCUCAGGAGAGCUGGGUGGGAUCAGACAGAUCAAAAUCGAGCCGGAUGAGCUGGACAUCAUUCAGAUCACUGUUCCAGAUCGAUCGCCCAGUUCAGAUGAGCUGCAUGACCCGGGGACCACGCACAUGGCCUCGGAGGAGUCGAGCUACAUCCUAGAUGCAGUAGCAGGGACAGAGAAGGGGCCUGGUGAGGAGCAACGGCAUGAAGAGAAACAGAUGGAGGGAUCAGAUGGUAUAGGGGACGUUUUGAGUCAUUUGAGGAAACAAGUAGAAAUUUUGUUCAACACGAGAUACGCGAAAGCCAUAGGAAUAUCAGAGCCGGUCAAAGUUCCCUACUCCAAGUUCCUGAUGUACCCUGAGGACCUGUUUGUGGUAGGUUUGCCAGAGGGCAUCCUGCUGCGGCGUCCCAACUGCUUUGGGAUUGCAAAGCUGAAGAAGAUCCUCCAAGCAAGCAACAACAUCCAGUUUGUCAUUAAAAGACCGGAGCUGCUGGCGGAGGGCAUUAAGGAGAUGGCUUUGGACAGCCCGGGAGCUAAAGCUGCCAGCGACUGUGGUGAUGCACUGCUGGAUGAUGCCGUGAAGAGACAGGGCUUCCAAGAAAAUUAUGAUGCCAGGCUUUCCAGAAUAGACAUUGCUAACACACUGCGGGAGCAAGUCCAGGACCUGUUCAAUAAGAAAUACGGUGAAGCCUUGGGGAUUAAAUACCCCGUACAAGUGCCAUACAAGAGGAUCAAGAGCAAUCCGGGCUCGGUGAUCAUUGAAGGACUGCCCCCUGGCAUCCCCUUCCGCAAGCCAUGCACCUUUGGCUCACAGAACCUGGAGAGGAUAUUGGCUGUAGCUGAUAAAAUCAAGUUCACGGUGACGAGGCCUUUCCAAGGACUCAUCCCUAAGCCCGGUAAGAGACGGUGCCUUUUUGCCUACGCAGUGCUUUGCCUUGCUGUUUGUUACUGGUCAGAGAGUUGCAAAAUGUGAAUGGCACACUAAUUUUAUCAGCUGGAGGAAGGUUGCUUAUGAUCUUGCUUGCCUGUGUUCCCUUUUUUGUUGUGUUUUUUUUUUUGUGUAUGUUUAUGUUUUGUUUGAUGCAUUUGAUAACGUUCCCCUGACCGAAAUAGCUGGGCUCAGCUUCACCCACGUGCACAGCUGCUAUUUCCUUGAAAUGACAGCAUUUUUAAAGAGCUGAUCUAGGGCAGGAAUCUGCUUUCUGCACUUAACAAAACGCAUGGUCUUAAAAAUAAAUAUGUGUAGCAAUCAGAUGGCAAGUUCAGCAGUUAGGGAGUGCUGCGUGCUCACCUGUGGGCUUGCACCUCUCCUGUGUCCCACCGUGGCUGCUCCAUUGCUCCCUGAAAAAGAGAGCUGCUGCUGGAAAUGCGUCCAGCAAUCCGCCUUUGUUUCCAGUGUCUGUAAUUACAGCCAAAGGAAGAACACAGAUGGGUGCAAAAAGCGUUGUCGUCUUUUAUUGAUGGCUUUCCAUUUUCUUGGCCAGCCUCCAUGGAGAUGGCACAAUUUAGGCAAGAGAAAUCUGACAGAGGGGAAAACAUUUAUACGGCCUCAUUGGAACUGCAGGAAGGUGUUAGACUCCAGAGAUGGCUCUGACAACAGCAGUCUGUCUGACAUGCAGUGCAUGGUCCCCAUUCCCUGCCCAGCCAUCUCCAUGGGGAGGUGCCCCACGACCCCAUGGGUUUUGGGUUAGGAUUCCCAUCUUUUGGUGCACAGCACGGAGGUCACACCUCGCAUCAGCCAGAUCUUAAAUGGGACAGAAUUUGGCUUUCUGUGGAAUCACGUGGAUGGGAAUGAGCUGAGGACGCACCACUGCUCCAUCCUCAUCUUGUCUUCCUGCUCUCCUGCUAUAAUCUGGAUAAUUACGUUAAGAGACACUGAUCUGACACAAAUCACACCAUUAACAAAGGAGCAUAUCAGAAGGCAAAUAUUUCAGCCUGCCAGCUGGCUUGGAAACGCAGUAUGAUAGAUAGAGAUGUAGAAAAAUUGGAUUUUAUUUUCAAUGCCCAAUAUUUUUCUUCCUCCUUUCCUAGCUGAAUGUGUGCUCCAUGGGUUUGCCCACGCUAGCACAAAAUCCAAGAUGUUUUAUCUGUGUGUUGUCUUACCUGAGGGGGCUCAGGAGGAGUUCACAAUGUCUCUGCCCCCUAAAAGCCCCACUGACAGCAAUUAACCUCUCUCCUGUUUCUCCAUCACCGUAUGCCGCAGUGGAGGGUGGUAACGCAGUUGUAUAUCUCCAUGCAUUAAAAUUGAUUGCUUUUCAUCUGCCUUAACAAAAUGAAUAGCCACAGAUUAGACGAAAUUCAAAUGUAAGAGAGGCUGUCAUGUUCCUUUCACCUCCAUCUCUUGUAGUGGUGCCCUGCCACGUAGCACUGAGACCAGCAGAAGUGCCUGCUUGGCAUUACAGCAAAAUCAAUGGCAAUCUGUUUUAUUUCACAGAGGAGCAUUAAAAUGAAAGCAAUGGUUACUCUCAAACAGAAUGGCAUUGCAAAGGCUUUGAAAAGCUGGAAAGCCCAGGAGAUGGCUUUAUGAAUUAUAAGGGAGGUUGUGUUUUUGAGUCUUGCCAAAAGUUAGGUGAGAAAUACAUGUUUUAAGGGAGAAAGGAAACUUUAGAGAAACUUUUUUUUCCCUUGAAUCACUUGGGUGAGAUGGGGUUUGCCUUCAAGCUGCGUUGUGAUAUUUUGUUUGCUAUAUGGUGCAACUCCUGCAUGGAAAUACCCACAGGGCUGCAGGGUUUCUUGUUGUCUGUGGGGAUCCCAUUCUCUGAGUGCAGCAGAUGAAUGGAUGUAAGUCUGGUGCUCUUUCCCUGCACGUUAUCUCUGUUUCUCUGCGAGGUGCUCUCUCUGCAUAUGAGCUGCAGGGAUCACACUGGCUGCUGUGUGUGUGCAAAGAGCUCUGUGCUCAGCAGAUGAGGUGUUCAUGGGAACGGGCCAUUUUUUGGGUGCUUCCCGUUGUCCCAAGGAGGUGAGCACUGCCCUGCAGCACAGCUUUCCAGCAGCUUUGGGAGGUUCAGCUGUCGGAGGUGCUGCUGACCCAGGUGCCUGCUCUCCUUGUAGUGAGCAUCACUGUGAGGAUGGGGGCUGCAGUGCAAAGCAGCCAAAACCCAGCUGGGCUCCCCCUGGGGUUGUGUCCCAUGGGCACCAUGGGUUGUUCUCUAUUCCAGUUUCCUUUCCUCCCCACCACUGGUAUCCAAUUCACAAACACUUUUUGAAAGCAGAGCAAUCUUUCAGCAUUAGAACAGAAGUGGAAGUGAUGGGGUGAAGCUCCAGUGCUAUAAACACUGCACUUAUCCUUUCUUUUCUUCUUUCCCGAGGCACAGAGAUACAAAACAGGCUUCAUUUCAGCCUUUGGA